AUUCCAUCCAUACUUAACUGAACAAACUGAUUUUGUAACUGUAAAUCAAAAGUGUCUAGCAUGUUGGAGCACUCCUCUGUAGUACCCAGCUGAUGUGCAGUAAUGCACUGUGUGCUUUUUUUGGUUUUAUUUGGGCGGUAGAUGUUGGAAUUUCCUGUAGAACAAUGGAAGUUCCCAUUUCCUCUGAUUUUGCAAGGAAGCUUGUGUGAUGCAGCCAUUUAGAAAGCUAGCGACCUCAAAUGACAGUAGCCCAGAGUGCCUGCGACCUCACUUAGUCACAGCAGAACCAGAAGGGGAGGACAGAGCGAACAGCCGGGGACAGCUUUGAAUGUCCACUAUCUUGUUGCUGUAAGAUGACGUCUCAAACAGCACAGGUGUUGCUGUCACUGGACGCCGAAGCAGUUGGCUUGCUCAAAGAUGGAAUCAAUUUCAAGAAAAACCCCAGGGACGGUAAAUGUUACAUAAUAUACAAGAGCAGCGAAGGCUUUAAGGCAUGCAAGAACCAGUGCAAACACCAAGGAGGGUUAUUCAUCCAAGACAUCGAAGACCUGGAUGGCAGAGGUAGAGAUUUCUGAUGAUGGGGGGCUUCAGUUGGUGGAGUUGAACCCCAUCGACCCCUGGCUGGCUGACCCGCGAGAGCCUCUGGAGCUCCUAGACGGAGAAGUCAAAGUGACAUACAUGACCCACGCCUGCAUGGAGCUGCAGCUGGGACAGAGGCGGUUCAUGUUCGACCCGUGGCUGAAGGGUCCUGCGUUCGCCAGAGGCUGGUGGCUUCUCCAUGAGCCUCCAAAAGACUCCCUGGACAGACUGUGUGCUGCAGAUCUCAUUUACAUCAGCCAUAUGCACUCUGACCACCUCAGUUACCCAACACUGAAGGUGUUGUCAGAGAGGAGGCCAGACAUCCCCAUUUAUGUUGGCGACACAUCAAGACCUGUCUUCUGGUACUUGGAACAAAGCCAAGUCAAGCUGACCAACAUCAACAUUGUUCCUUUUGGUGUCUGGCAAGAGAUUGAUGAACACCUGAGAUUCAUGAUCCUGAUGGAUGGUGUACAUCCCGAAAUGGACACAUGCAUCAUUGUCGAAUAUAAAGGUCACAUGAUCCUGAACACCGUGGACUGCACCAGGCCCAAUGGGGGCAGGCUACCACAGAAAGUGGACUUAAUGAUGAGUGACUUUGCUGGGGGGGCAUCAGGAUUCCCCAUGACCUUCCAUGGGGGGAAAUACACUGAUUCCUGGAAGGCAGACUUUAUCAAGACUGAAAGGAAGAAGCUGCUGACUUACAAAGCUCAGCUGGUGAAGUCCCUGCAGCCCAGGAUCUACUGCCCUUUCGCUGGCUAUUUUGUGGAAGCUCAUCCAUCAGACAGAUACAUUAAGGACACUAAUAUUAAAAACAGUGCACAGGACCUCAAUACGCAUAUCACUAAGCUUGCACCUGAUGUCAUGACAUGGACGCCCAAACCAGGCAGCGUGCUGGACCUCGGCCUCGCACUGAGAGACUCCACUAACAGUGAGGCCAUCACAAAUCCUCCAGCCAGUGCAAAAAUCUACAAAGACAGUUGGGAUUUCGCCCUCUAUGUGGAUGAACUGAACAGCGCCAUCAGCUGUGAGAUAUUUAAACACCAAAGCUGGAUCCAGUUUUAUUACACCUGGGCUGGCUUUCAAAACUACAACCUUGUUCUGCGGGUCAUUGAGACGGAUGACAACUUUGAGCCACAUCCUGAUGGCUACGACUACUUGGUGGACUUUCUAGAUCUGUCUUUCCCCACCAAGAGGCCAGACAGAGAGCACUCCUACAUAGAGACAAAAAACAGGAUUGGGGUGAUGAGAUACGUGGUGCUGCACGGCCGACUCUGGGAUGACCUGUACAUCGGCUUCCAGAACCGCAUAAGCCGAGACCCGGAUAUCUACCACCACAAGUUCUGGAACCACUUCCAGACAGAGCUCCCUGUUCGCGGGCCGGACUGGGAACAGUUCCUGGAGCAGGAGGGUUCCAACAAGGAGCCUGGCACACCAGAAGAGGAACCAGGCCAAUGGUACUUCUGCGUGAUGUUAUGAAUAUGGAUGAUUCCUGUGUUAAGAUCAAAGUACUGUUUGUAAAUAUUAAUUUAUAACUUAAAUUCCAGUCUUGUUUGAUCUGAUAUGACCAAUAACUCAUGGUGGGUCGCAAAAUGUAGCAAGAUAUGUGUGUGUAUCUUCCAUUACUGAAUUAUCCUGCAGCCUUGAUAACUGCUCAUGUCACAGAAAAACAAUUGUUGUUGCGUUGGAAAUGUAUGGGGUCAAAGAGCACAAAUACCUACUUCAGUGUGCAUAAUGAUUUAUGAUGUUACUGCUGUUAUAUGGCAGUAUAGGUCAGGCCACUGCAAUGGACCGGUACCUUGUUCAAGAGGCUCUGACUGUUAUUGAAGAGAGGAACCCACCACCACCCCAAGCAAAUACUGUGAGAUGGCAGAAAAUGUUGCAGCUUCUACAGUUGAAAAAAUGUAAAAUGGAUGGGAAUGGUGUUUAAGAGGUGAAUCAGACAACAUACAAUGAUACAUAACUUUUUACAUGACAUACAAAUGACCUGGUAAAUGUAUUUACUGCACAUACGAGUAUGGUUUCCCCCAGAAUGCGAACCAGAGCACUUACUUCAGUCACAAGGUAGAUGGUUUGUCCUUCUGCACAUUUCUUUAUGUGUAGACCAGAUGGCAGACCUUCUCUAGCAAACUCUGCUGACACCUGCAACAGUGGAUAGGGUUUCAUUAUUGAUCACAACAGAAUGGAGCUAAACUCAUCGAAGCCAAUUUACCAGCCGUAUGUUGAAUGAAUUAGAAGUGACCAGUAUACAAAAAAAUCUGCAAUGCUCCAAAAGUGAGAGGCUGGUUUUAAUGAAGUUUAGUCUCAGAAGUUUAGUCUCAGAAGUAACCACAACUUGUUCUUACCCUCCAGAUGGAUGGUCUUCCUCCCAAAAGCCAUGAAAGCGAGCAAGUUUUGAAAGACGUGUCAGAGAAUGGCAGACAGAAACUAGGAGAGAUUUUUUAAAAAAAAAAAAAAUCAUUUUCAGUAUUUCAGAAUCAGAAUGUAAGACAUGAGACAAAAUGUAGAAGUUGACAUUGCUGCUUGAAAAUAUGUUAACCUCUUAGAUUACUUUUUUACCAUUAUUUUCAGAAGUCAGUGGGUCACAUGACAUGGAAGAUAUUGAGAAAAAAAACGUAAUUUCUGAAUAUUAAUAUUCACAUAAAAUAGAAGAAGCACUAAUAUACAAUAAAGAGCUGUGACUCAUUCAUCCAGUUUACUAAUACAAUUUGCUGCUGGUUUUAAGUCACUGGGUCACAUGACAUUGCAUACAAUUAUUUUGCAUUAAUAUAAUUAUGCCACUGGUGGCCGGUCAUUAUGUUUACCAACACCCGACCUGUCCCUUGCACAACCCCCACUUCCCAAAAAAAGACGGAUUUGCAUGAUUUACGAGAGCCUCAUUUUCAGGUUGGGAAAGAUGGAUUUCUGGAUAUAUUGGGAAGAAUCACACCCCUGCUCAUAUGUGCAGACAGGCCUGUGACAAAUGCCCCCCACAAUCUUACUUGUUUCCUUCACUGUAAAAUCGGGAGAGCGACGGGGAGAAAUUACUGACCGGGAGCAUCAAGGGAGAUGGGGUUAAAAAUCAGGAGUCUUGAAUAACUGAAUAACUUGAUGUUAUAAUUGAAUAACUUGAAUAAUUGAAUAACUUGAUGUUUAACGGUUAUAACUAUAGCAGGCUAAUGAGUUGGUGCUUGAAUUAAAUGAUGAAGGCUGCAAAAAUAAGGUAAGCUAGCUAAAAUGUAUUGCCAACUCGCUGCCACUUUUCCGUAAUACGACAAGACAUUUUAGAGUCUGGUCUGUUAGCAAAAUUUCCAAUGAUACACAAAUGAAUAAUACUUGUUUUGUCCCUGUGAGUGAAAUACUUUUUCACCUGUUUGCUUCCUCUCACAAAGCCAUUAUUAGCUUUUUGCAGCCCAAGUCUUAGAGCGGUUGGCUAAGCCCUGCAUGCUUUAUAGAGAGGAGUGUCAUCUUGUUCACCUGUUCAACACCAAGCCAAUUUAUUUUCUAUUUUUCACCUGUAGAAGCUUUAACUUUCUUUUCUGUCUUAUUUGCUUGUAAGUGGUGUUGGUGAUGACCCAGGAUUUAGGUAGCUUUUUAUUUUGCCAAACACAGAACGUUUUUUUAAUGAGGCACUGGUCCAUUGCAGGGAAAAUCAAUAAAUAAAUAAAAAAAUAAAACUCACUCACUGACCUUUUUUAAUCACACACUACAAUCUGACUUGGUCAAUGGCACUUCAAGGGUGUAAAUAACAUCUUUUCAAAUCAAUCGGAUUCUUUGAUACAAGGAAUUCUCUGUAUAUUGUUUUUCUUAAUGAACUUACACAGUAAUAGACACACACCUGUAGACCACCAUAGGCACAUUGGUUUUGCUGAAACUGAAUUUUUUUGGGUGAUUGUUGUUGUGAUGAAUCUCUCCAGCAGUCCUCUGUGCUCCAGUGAAGACGGCAUGAUUCUCACUGGAAAUGAUUCACUGUGAUUUAUUUUAACAAGUUAUAACACUGUACUUGCAACUUUCAUUAAGUAGAAUUACAGAAGUCACAUACACAUUCUACACAAUACUGCAGAAGUUGCAUAAGCUUGCUUUAUGUUCUAAUUGACUGUUAAAGUCUGCACUGUGUUACAACAAUAAGUCAACAGUGAGAAACAAUGGAACAAUUCAUAAUGCAUUGUAGUAAAUCAAGUGAAAUUUGAAUGGACAUUGGAAUGUUUUUUUCAAACAGAAUGUGAAAGAAGCUUUGAUGACUUAUAUGUAUUGUGUUGACAAGCGUGCUCAGCGUGCUAACAAUCCCAUUCCAAAGCUCCAUCUAUGUCCUCCAAAAUGAAUACAUAUUCUUUGGUGGGAUUUAUUAAAGGGUGUUGUAUAAGACUACAUUAGUUUUAGCUAGGUGUGCCAAUAAUAACUGGCAGCUGGGGGCCGCUUUAAAAUGAAUUUGUCCGUCUUAUUUCAGUGUGUGGUCCUGUUUCGGGCCCUGCUGCUGUGUUUGGAUUUUGUAUCAGUUUGCAUUCAUGUGGGUCAGAGGUCCCUAUUUCAAUUAACUGUAUGAGAGGACUUUUAUCUGAGUAUAUGCUCAAUGUACGGCGAUAGAGGAGGACACUGUGGUGACCUCUCAAAUGUCCCCUGAAUUAUACUAAACCAAACUAAACACUUCUCUAUGAUGUGAUGGUGAUGAUGUGAUAAUGUUGGAAUUCCUGGUGCAAGACCCUAGUGAAUCAGGUGAAGGAGCUUUACUUCAGGCUGCUUAUAGAACAUUUUGCAAAAACCAGGAUAUUCCUAUAUGUAUUGGAUGUCACCUAAGAAGUGCCCUUAAUCCAGUGACCCCUAAUGAAGAAUGAGGGCGUCAGUAGUGAAGGAUCACAGUAUACAGUUGUUCAAUACUACAUCAGUUGUGUGUUAAUCGUUAUGUUAAUCUUGUGUAUUACUCAUAUAUCAAUAAUAAUCAAUGGAUACACGGUCAAGUUGAAUACAGUGAUGAAACUUUUCCUUGUGCAGAUGUUAACAGCUUGGGGAAAUAUUGUUUGUAUGACCGCAGACUGUGAUUUUUGUGUCGGUCCAGUGUUCCCUUUUUUUAAAUGAAUGUAAUGUCAUGCAAUGCAAUGCUUUGAUGUGGGAAUUUGUGGGCAUUUUUUAUAUUUACAUGCACUGUCAAGGAUUUUGUUGAAAACUCUUAGAAAUGAUCAAAAACAAAAUGUAACACUUGUAUGUUUAAUGUCGUAAUUACUUUAUCGUGAAUUUAUUCAUGGUGAGAAUUAAAUGUUCUAUCAAACACCCCGA